CGGUGUCUGCUUCCGUGACCUGCCUCGACCUCCCGCUCCGCGAUGGCUAAUAAUCUUGAGGUUGGUUUCUGUUGUAAAUCUGUGAUAAAUAUCAGAUUGCCAGAUGUCAGUCAAUGGGAUGAGACCACCUGCCCACAACUUGUUUGCCCGCAUCCACAAUGUUGGGCAACAGUCCGAAGGCUUCAGAGGGGCCAUCCUCGAAUUCUUCAACCAAUUUCCAGAGCUCCCAAGAAAAGUGAAGAUGGACUGCCAACUCUCAAGAUAGUAGACUUAUCUUUACCUGAUUCUUCUGUUUUGGCCGAGAGAAUCACCGAUUCGGUCCCAUUCUUCAAGCAACCUACUUCUUUGACUGGAGACUCAAAAUUUGAGUCGGAUUUACAAAGCAGGAUGGAAGGAUCACAUUUGUUAGGACUCAAAUCUCUGAGAGGCUUCCAUGGUCAGGGUUUUGCCCAGAAGUCUCGAAAACCUGUCAAACUCCCAGUGUUCAAUUUGAAUGCAACACAGCUUCCAAAAUGUCCAGAUGGUGGGAAUUUGGUUAUGGUAUGGAUCCCAAAUGAACAAGUGAAACACAAGAAACCUGACCAGAACUAUAGCACAGAUUUAUUUAGACUGAGCCCGGAUAAGAAAUCAUUUGUACCCUUGAAGAUCAGCAAAAUUAUACCGUGCCAGGAGUGGAUCAGCAAGAGAGCAUCUCAGAAGAAAAAGAAAUCAACAGAAAUCCCUACUGGUGGUCAGCCCUGUUCUACCCAGUUGAUGCAUCGAUGGCUAAAGGUGCCUCCACCAUCUCCAGUCACCCCAUCUUCACAUCUGGAAUCCUUGCCUUCCUGGACCUUCACAUUCCCCAAGCAUUCAUUAAUGAGCUCUUUGUCUGAUGAAGAGAAAACAAUUUCAAAGAUGGACCAACUGGACGGAAUAAGUGAAGAGAACCUUUUUCAUGAAGGGCAUGGAUUUAUGUUGUCUAAGACAAAGAUGAUUCUGGCCGUGCACAGAAUAAACCUUCAGAGUCCAGUGUUGAGAUAUCCAGCAAAUAUGAGAGAAUUACAUUCCAGAGUGGCCAAAGCAACUCCUAAGCUGAAGAGAAAAGGUCUCAAGAAGCCGGUGCAGAAAAUUGACAAAGCUGACAGAAAGCCAAACUUUUCAAAGAGUGAGAUCCAACAAACCUCAGAGAUGGAGCUCAAAGAGAAAUCAAAGAGCAGCAAGCUUUUGGAGUUAAAUCAAGUUUCCAUCAGUAACCUCCUGCAUCAAGAAGACAGUAUUGUCUCAGCCAAGGAAGACCAGACACAACAGUGGGAGCUUGAAGCUCAGGAAGUGAAACCAGAGGAAACCUCUAAGGCUCCCUUGGCUGUCAAUGGAAAGAAUUUGAAAGAGGAACUUUCAGAGCCCGUACAGAUUCUUCAGGCUUCUGUUGAGCAGGAGGAGCAGCCACCCACCCCACCAUCUAGCCUAGAGUGAGAAUAGGAUAUUGAAGAUGUCAGUCAUACUUGUCAGCUCCAUCCAGGCCGAUAGCCAGUCCCCUCAGGAUAAGAUUGACUCCUCCACUUUCCUGUGGGGAAAAUAGUUAGUUUCUCUUUUCUCUGGAGCCCUUAUGCAUGCCUGUGUGUGACUACUUACCUUCUUUCCCUUCCACUUGUUUCUGGUAGGUGUCAGGGUGUUAAGAAAAGGGCAGGGGUUGAGAAUAGGUUCCUCUAAGCCUAGGAAAGUUGUGUUAAUGAAAUAUGGAUUGUUAUUCUUGAGUGGUUCUGACUUAAUAAUUAAAAUAGUCAU